GAGGAGAAGGAGGAGGAGGCUGAGGAGAAGGAGGAGGAGGCCGUGGUCGCCGACAUCUUGCCCGUGGAGCCUCCCCUUCCCCGACCUUUCCUGACCCUCGCGGCAAACCACGGGACCAAAAUGACUGACUCCAAGUACUUCACCACCACCAAGAAAGGGGAGAUCUUCGAGCUGAAGGCGGAGCUCAACAGCGACAAGAAGGAAAAGAAAAAGGAAGCAGUGAAGAAAGUGAUCGCGUCCAUGACCGUGGGCAAGGAUGUCAGUGCCCUCUUCCCAGACGUGGUAAACUGCAUGCAGACGGACAACCUGGAGCUGAAGAAGCUCGUCUACCUCUAUCUGAUGAACUACGCCAAGAGCCAGCCGGACAUGGCCAUCAUGGCCGUCAACACCUUCGUCAAGGACUGCGAGGACCCGAACCCGCUGAUCCGGGCCCUGGCGGUGCGGACCAUGGGCUGCAUCCGGGUGGACAAGAUCACGGAGUACCUGUGCGAGCCGCUGCGCAAGUGCCUCAAAGACGAGGAUCCCUACGUGCGCAAGACGGCCGCCGUGUGCGUCGCCAAGCUCCACGACAUCAACGCCCAGCUGGUGGAGGACCAGGGCUUCCUGGACACCCUCAAGGAUCUCAUCUCCGACUCCAACCCCAUGGUGGUGGCCAACGCGGUGGCCGCCCUCUCGGAAAUCGCCGAGUCCCACCCGAGCAGCAACCUGCUGGACCUGAACCCGCAGUCCAUCAACAAGCUGCUGACGGCCCUGAACGAGUGCACCGAGUGGGGCCAGAUCUUCAUCCUGGACUGCCUGGCCAAUUACAUGCCCAAGGACGACCGCGAAGCCCAGAGCAUCUGCGAGCGGGUGACCCCCCGACUGUCGCACGCCAACUCGGCGGUGGUGCUGUCGGCCGUGAAGGUGCUGAUGAAGUUCAUGGAGAUGCUGUCCAAGGACCUGGACUACUACGGCACCCUGCUGAAGAAGCUGGCCCCGCCGCUGGUCACCCUGCUGUCCGCCGAGCCCGAGCUGCAGUACGUGGCCCUCCGCAACAUCAACCUCAUUGUGCAGAAGAGGCCCGAGAUCCUGAAGCACGAGAUGAAGGUGUUUUUCGUGAAGUACAACGACCCCAUCUACGUCAAGCUGGAGAAACUGGACAUCAUGAUCCGCCUGGCGUCCCAGGCCAACAUCGCCCAGGUGUUGGCCGAGCUGAAGGAGUACGCGACCGAAGUGGACGUGGAUUUUGUUCGCAAGGCGGUGCGGGCCAUCGGGCGCUGCGCCAUCAAGGUGGAGCAAUCCGCCGAGCGCUGUGUAAGCACGCUGUUGGACCUGAUCCAGACCAAGGUCAACUAUGUGGUGCAGGAAGCCAUCGUGGUCAUCAAGGAUAUCUUUCGCAAGUACCCCAACAAGUACGAGAGCGUCAUCGCCACGCUGUGCGAGAACCUGGACUCCCUGGACGAGCCCGAGGCCCGGGCGGCCAUGAUCUGGAUCGUGGGUGAAUACGCCGAGCGCAUCGACAACGCCGACGAGCUGCUGGAGAGCUUCCUGGAGGGCUUCCACGACGAGAGCACCCAGGUCCAGCUGCAGCUGCUCACGGCCAUCGUGAAGCUGUUCCUGAAGAAGCCCACCGAAACCCAGGAGCUGGUGCAGCAGGUGCUCAGCUUGGCCACGCAGGAUUCUGACAACCCCGACCUGCGGGACCGAGGCUACAUCUACUGGCGCCUGCUCUCCACGGACCCCGUGGCCGCCAAGGAGGUGGUCCUCGCGGAGAAGCCGCUCAUCUCUGAGGAGACGGACCUCAUCGAGCCCACCCUCCUGGACGAGCUCAUCUGUUACAUCGGCACGCUGGCUUCUGUCUACCACAAGCCCCCCAGCGCCUUCGUGGAGGGCAGUCGGGGCAUCGUGCACAAGAGCCUGCCCCCUCGCACGGGCUCAAGUGAGAGCGCGGAGAGCCCCGAGGCGGCCCCCGCCGGAGCCCCCCAGGCCGAGCAGCCGGCCGUCAUCCCCACCCAGGGCGACCUCCUGGGCGACCUCCUCAACCUGGACCUGGGCCCCCCGGUCAGCAGCCCUCCGGUGGCCACGUCCUCGGUGCAGAUGGGGGCCGUGGACCUCCUCGGGGGAGGGCUGGACAGCCUGAUGGGGGACGAGUCCGAAGGGCUUAGAGGUGAUGUGGGUGGCAGCCCUGCAAUGGGCAGCACCAGCUUGGCGGUGCCAGCCAACGCCGGGGCACCGAUCGGCGGCGGCCUGGGCGAUCUGUUCGACCUGACCGGUGGAGUGGGAGCCCUGUCGGGGUCAUACGUCGCACCCAAGGCCGUGUGGCUCCCCGCCAUGAAGGCCAAAGGCCUGGAGAUCUCCGGCACCUUCAGCCGCCAAGCGGGUUCCAUCUCCAUGGACCUGUCGCUGACCAACAAAGCCCUGCAGGUCAUGUCCGACUUCGCCAUCCAGUUCAACCGCAACAGCUUCGGCCUGGCCCCCGCGGCCCCGCUCCAGAUCAACGCCCCGCUCGGCCCCAACCAGACGGUGGACAUCUCCCUCCCUCUCAACACCAUUGGCUCCGUCAUGAAGAUGGACCCCCUCAACAACCUCCAAGUGGCCGUGAAAAACAACAUCGACGUGUUCUACUUCAGCACCGUGUACCCUCUUCACGUCCUGUUCGUGGACGACGGGAAGAUGGAGCGGCAGAUGUUCCUGGCCACGUGGAAGGACAUUCCCAAUGAAAACGAGGCUCAGUUCCAGAUCAAAGACUGCCCCCUCGGAGCAGAGGCCGUGAGCAGCAAGCUGCAAGGCAGCCACGUGUUCACCAUCGCCAAGAGGAACGUGGAGGGCCAGGACAUGCUCUACCAGUCCCUCAAGCUGACCAACGGCAUCUGGGUUCUGGCGGAGCUGCGGAUCCAGCCCGGCAACCCCAGCUUCACGGAUCUGGAGCUGUCCCUCAAGUGCCGCGCCCCAGAGGUGUGCCCCCACGUCUACCAAGCCUACGAGACCAUCCUCAAGAACUGAAGGCCUCCCGCCAGCCUCGGCCAAAGCCGGGGGGGGGCGGGAGGGGCGGCCUGACACUCUCCUCCCACCCCCGAGCUCUGCCGGGAAGGGGUUUGGAUUGGGGCAGGGGGUGGGAGGAGCCCCUCGCCCCGUCUCCCUGCACCUUGCAGUGGACCCGCCAGAGCAGAAUGAGGGCCGGGAAGCCCCUGCGGCCUUUCCCCUCCACCCGCGCGUCGCUCCCCUGCUCCGCAGCUAUUCCCCUGCCCCCGCGCCGGGCCUUCCCCGGAGCCCGGCCGUCCAGGGCGAGCGCGUGGCCUCCCCGCAGCUGUGAAGCCCACUUUCCCCAUCGCCCCCUCCCUCUUGGCAGCCGGCCAGCGCGGCCGGGCCCGGCCCACGGGGUGGGCUCGCGGUCAGUCGCGGGACCCGCGGGAAGCACGCACGGGCGCGCGUGAUUGUGUGGGUGUGCGUGCUUUUUGGACAGAUCCCUCCUCCUCCUCCUCCUCCUCCUCGCCCCUGACUCUGGAGGGCGGGAGCUUCGGCCCCGGCUCUUUCUGCUUCGCAGCCCAGGCCGGGGUGGGUCCGUCCGAGCCAGGACUCCCUCCUCUCCCGGCCCUCGCUCGCUCCCCUCCCCACGUCCACUACGGUGCCACGGGGAGGGGGACCGCGCGUCCCUCCGUUCCCUGGCUUGGCUCGUUCUCUGCCGCCCGCUCGGCCCGGGCCCGGCGAGGGGCAGUUGGAGGCCCGUGCUGUCUUUCGAUGUCCGUCCGCUACGACGCCUGUUUGUCGGACCCAGACUCCGACUGUGCAACCGCCGACCAUUGAGCUUUUCUCUCGGUUCCCGCUGGUUAAUAAUAAAGAACGUUAUUUCAUGCAGCAA